UGGCUAACUCGACUUUUUCUAAAACACCCAGACGCUACCAGAUUGGAUGUGGGGAAAAUCUGGGAGGCAAACUCACGUCUCAUAGCCGCUGCUGGAACUAACGGCGCACAGGAACUGCUCCAGGCUAACCGAACAUUCUCUCCCCACAAUCCGCGGAGGAAUUCCGGCUCGAAAAGUCUAGGUUAAGAUGCUAUCGGAUGCCAUCCUCUAAAUAGUUGUCCGAUAAUGGCCGCAGACGUGGAUAAAAAGACUUCCGAGGCAGAGCGAAAGACAGCGGAGAAGAAUGGGCUCCGAACCCCGGCCUCUGAAUCCAGGUUCUACAGGGGGGUGUGGACCCUGAUGCUGGUCUGUGCUGCCCCUCUUGUUGCUUAUGGGAUCAAGUACUACCAGGAUACCCAGCUCCUCAAACGUCACGAAGAGAGCAUUCGCGUUUUGGGCGCUGAGGGUCUUUUCCUUUUCUCCUCCUUGGACACGGAUCAUGACCUCUAUCUCAGCCCUGAGGAGUUCAAACCAGUUGCAGAAAAGCUUACAGGAAUCACCCCUUCGGUGGAUGUGGAUGAAGAAGUGAUCCAAGACCCCAAUGGAGAAACCUUGACCUUGGAGGCUAAAAUGCAGCCCCUGCUGCUUGAUUCCAUGACGAAAAGCAAAGAUGGCUUCCUUGGGGUCUCUCACAGCUCUCUGAGUGGUCUCCGCUCCUGGAAGAGCCCCGCCGUGCCUUCUUCUUCGUUCUUCGCCAGUCAGUUCAGAGUGUUUCUGCCCCCAAAGAACAAGGCAGACGUGGGUGACACUUGGUGGGUGAUUCCCAGCGAGCUCAACAUCUUUACUGGAUACUUGCCCAACAACCGUUACCAUCCUCCCACUCCAAAGGGCAAGGAGGUGCUCAUUCACUCCUUGCUGAGUUUGUUCCAUCCACGGCCCUUUGUCAAGCCUCGCUUCGCUCCUCAGGGCGCAGUCGCCUGCAUCCGUGCCAAAAAUGACUUUUACUAUGACAUCGUCUUCAGGAUUCAUGCUGAAUUCCAGCUCAACGAUGUCCCAAAUUUUCCGUUCUGGUUCACCCCGGGCCAAUUCACCGGCAACAUCGUCCUGUCUAAAGACGCUUCCCAUGUUCGAUACUUCCACCUCUACGUUCCAAAUGAUAGAUCCCUGAAUGUGGACAUGGAGUGGCUUUAUGGAGCCAGCGAAAGCAGCAACAUGGAGGUGGACAUUGGAUACCUGCCUCAGAUGGAGCUGCAAUCCACAGGCCCCUCUACUCCGUCCAUCAUCCUGGAUGAGGAGGGAAACAUCAUCGAUAGAAGAGACAGCAGCAGUGAGCCCAUUCAGUUUGUGUUUGAGGAAAUACACUGGUCCUCAGAGAUCAGCCGGGAAGAAGCUGCUCGCCAUCUGGAGGUCACCUUCUACCCCUUUAAGAAGGUACCAUACUUUCCCUUUCCAGAAGCUUUCAAGAAAGCUGAGGCAGAGAAGAAGUUGGUGCAUUCCAUUCUCCUUUGGGGAGCUCUAGACGAUCAGUCCUGCUGAGGUUCAGGGCGAACUCUCCGGGAGACGGUCCUGGAAAGUUCGCCCAUCCUGGCUCUGCUUAACCAGAGCUUCAUCAGCAGCUGGUCUCUGGUCAAAGAGCUGGAAAACAUGCAGGCUGAUGUGCAGCAUCCAGAGUUAGGCGAAAAGGCUCGCUUACACCUGGAAAAGUACAGUUUUCCUGUGGAGAUGAUAGUGGCACUGCCCAACGGAACCAUUGUGCACCACAUCAAUGCAAACUACUUUCUGGAUCAAACUGCGAUGAAACCGGAGGAAGAAGGCGCGACUGUCAGCUUCUCAGCUGGGUUUGAGGACCCAUCAACCUCAACUUACAUCAAUUUCCUGAAGGAGGGGCUCCAGAAAGCAAAGGAGUACACGGCACAGUAACUCGCUAGAGGACGUAAUGAUGGUGCCUUUGAAUGUCUGUGUUGGCAGCUGGAAAAUGGAUUUAGUAUUCUCUUUACUAUUUAAUUUAACAUUUUUUAUGCAGUUUUUGGAUUAAAAACUUUAUUUCUGGUCGCUGCUUUGAAUAAAAAUAUAUAAACCUGGUAAUCCCCAUUAGAGUUGAGCACAAAUCCUACCUGAUGUCCUUUAAUUUCUUUACAAUGGUGGUUUUACAUGAGCAAUAGUUAACGGUGAGUCUUCAAGCUGCCGAGUCAUCCAGAGUCGGAGCGCUGUUCGUUUCCUCCAGCUACGUUUCUGCAGUCUGUGAAGUCUUGGCCUGAAAGCUCCAUCCGAGCCGGGCGAAGCCUGAUGUCAUUGCUGAGGCGUCUGAAAGGAAACUCCCCGCUCUGACUUGUGACAAAAGCAGAAGGAAAACUGAAAUGGACUGCUCAUUUAUCUUUGUGUACUUAGAAAUGUUUUAAUCUGAAAUUCAAAAGAUGUGACCAUAACAAAGAGCACUGUUUUGUCAUGUCAAGCAUGAUAAACAGAUGGGCAUAUGUCAACAAACAGCUGGUGUUUCUGGGUAAAUAAAAGGAUCUCCUUGACCUUUCAAUGUAACACACCAAUCUAUUUUCUUGUAUUUCCAUAAAACAAUGUAAAAUAAGCAUACAGAGAUGAAGAUUUGACAUAAAAUGCUUACUUUGAGUGACUUUUAUAUAAAAAGCCUUCCAAUUCUGUUUUCAUUUUUUCCCACUAAAGUUUUUUUUUUAUUGGA